UGCUUCUUUUUUGCAAACAUAUCCAAACUUGCUUAAUUGCAUUUAUGAUAGUAUUGAAUUUAGGGUUGCAGAAAAUAAAAGAAGAAGAAAAAUAAUAAAAGUCAGGACUGUCAACUACCUUGUGAAUGAUAUUAGAAAUAUAUAUAGUGAAUAUAUUGUCAGAUCCACUAUAAACAAUUAUCUACAACCUUCUUGUUCAAACUCAAUAGCAGCCAAGACCCAUCAUUAUUCUGCUAACAUUAUGGUCUCAUCAGUGUCUAGAACUGACAACAAUGUCCAUCCAGAUAAGCAUUAUUGUCUUGCCUUUGUAAAGGUGGCUAGUCAAUAUGCAUUUUUAUUUUCAAAGUUUCCAGUCAUAAUUUCGCAAAAUAAUAAGGCCAAGGUUUCUUUUAGUAUUAUAGUAGUUGGAAGAACCUUUAGAGUUUUACAAACAAUUAGAGAGCCAGUGACAGUCUCUGAACAUGAUUUUCUUAUAGAUGCAUAG